AUGCCAUCAGCUGACGCACAGAAAGUUUCAGACAGAUACAAGAGAAUGGUAUGCUAAUUUUGUAUUUUAUACAUAAUUGUGCGUAACUUGAAUUUGUUUGACUAAACUGAUUUAAUUAAUAAACAUAUCAUUAUAUAACAUGCUAACACUUAAACUGAUAUACAGUAAUUGGGUAAAGCAUAUAAGAAAGACAAUUUCGUUUAGUCUGUGAGAGCUUUCUUUGUCAUUACAGUAAUUCUGUCUUCAGACUUCAGCCUUGCAGAUUUUUGUAAUUUCCGUGUGCAAUUUGAUACAGUAUUAUACAGUGAUAUAAUUCUCCAUCUAUGUCUCUUGCUAUGCCUAUGUUUUAGUGAAGUCAAUAUGCCCACUAUGACCCAUAGGUGUGUAUUUUAAGGAUGUCUGAGGAGGGUAUCAUAUUUGACUGUCAAAAUAAUUAUAGUGAAAUAUUGAUCAAUGCAUACCAUGUACCCAUGUAUAUAUAUAUCCAUGUUUGAUUUGUACAGAUUAUGUCGAAGAAAUAUUUCAAACUUUUCUCAAUGUUACCAAAGAUGAUCUUAAAAAGGCAGCCAAGCAACUCAAAGAGUACGGUGUCUUUGCAAAGUGUUGCCCACUGCCUAUGGCCCAUAGAUAAGUUACCCAGUAUGCUUGCUGUUAAUAUAAAUCUUUUUGUUACUGUAGUUUCACUACUAUGUUGUUGAACAGAGCCAAAAGAAGUCUAAAGCAGCACCAAAAUGCAGGGCAUGUGAACAACCCAUGAAAGGACACAAGUUUGUUACAGACUGUCCAAGGAAUGAAAGGAGCACAUCAUAG